GGCCCCGGGCUUGUGACAGCCCCGCUCGCCGCCGAUCCUUGGGCCUGAGGCAGCCGCAGCACCGGGCAGACCAUGGAGCUUGGGAUAGCGGGGAUGCAGCGCCGUGCCUGAGGGCGGGCUGGGGCUCUAGCGCCAUGGAUAGCCGGUGCUAUGGGUGCGCGUCCAAGUUCUCUGUCUUCAAGAAAGAGUGUGGCUGCAAGAACUGCGGACGCUCCUUCUGCUCGGGCUGCCGGAGCUUCAGCGCUGUUGUUCCCCGCUGUGGAAACACACAGCAGAAGGUGUGCAAGCAGUGCUAUGGGAAACUAACUGGAGAAGGAUCUCAAAGCAGUUCAGCAAAAUGGUCACCACCAGAAAACUACAAAAAGCGUGUAGCAGCUUUCGAGGCUAAACAAAACCAGAUGAAAGACCAACAGAAGGCAGCUGCAAAACCCCCAGGUCGAGCAGGCUGCAGAUACCAGGGGCUCUCAAAAGAGGAUAGAGCUAUUGCAGAGAGACUGGAGAGGCUCAGGGAGGAAAGGAAACCAAAGUCCAUCCCUACUCAGGCUGAGAUCGAAGCUAGGCUGGCAGCCCUGAAGGAGGAUGGCCGAGGACCUGUUCCAUCCACACAGGAAAUGGAGGACCGGCUGGCUGUCCUGCAGGGUAGAGAUCCUCCUUCCCAAGCUCCCAGACCUGUGCACCAAGCCCCGGAUACCCGAAGUCUGGUCCAGCAGACAGAUGACCUGUUAACUCAACUGUCUGAGGAAGUUGCCAUUGAUGAGCAUUACAGACCAAGAGCUCAGCCUCAAGCUGCUAGUAGCCAGAGUUUGAAUGAUCUCAAUCGGGGAAGUGAAGAUUGUGUUUGCCUUGCAAAUCUGGACCCAAAACAGCUAGAGGAAGAGAAGAAUAAACUUCUAGCAGAAGCUGCUGCUGAGCUGCAGGAAGACAACACUAGGCAGGAAAAGAUCCUACAGGUUGCCAAGAGACUGGCAGCACUCAAAGGCGAGGACCCAGAGAAAGUUACACUGGAAACCUAUAGGCUCCCUGACAGUGAUGAGGAAGUGGCUGAGGAGGAGGCCAUUCGCCGAGUGCUGAAACAGCUCACAGAGGAAGCAGCCCUGGAUGAAGCAAGUGGAUUCAACAUUCCCCCAGAUCAGACCACCCAACCAGGAUCCUUACAACAGAACCUGUGUAAGCAAGCAAAGCAAAAGAGCCACACUCCAGCCACCACAGCUCUUGCAAGGGCAGAUGAUAGUGAUGAGGAUGAGUUACCCUGGUGCUGCAUCUGCAACGAAGAUGCCACUUUGCGCUGCCAUGGCUGUGACGGGGACCUCUACUGUCAGCGCUGUUUUUGGGAAGGCCAUGAGGAGUUUGACCUGAAGGACCACCAGACCUCCCGCUAUCAUCUUCCUUGCAAACAGAAGUGACCACACUUAUGGGCAGAAGAGGAGCUGGAGAAUGGGAAAACAGAGGAGCUAGCCAGAUGGGAAGAAUCUAAGUGGAUUUGCAGCCAAAACGGGUGAUGUUUUGGACAGUUACAGGAUGUGCUGUAAUUUGAGAGAGGCCUGCAGGGCGUGUGACUUGGUCUUCACAAAUACACCUGAGAAGUGCAGAGUUUGCUGUGCAUGCUUGGGGAUAAAUGAGGACUUGAUAAGAGGAGGUGGAUACAAGUCCAUAAAUGCAGAUGGUAAAACAAUGUGGGUAGCAGGAAAGAUGUGUGUUUAAAGCAGUACUGACUGGCUGAUAAAUAACUUCCUGCUUUUACUAACAGCUUAUACACUGGUUCAACAGGCAGCAAAGCACUUUGCACUGAGAAAAAUGUCUGCAUUGUGAUCACAUGUGUGAUGGGAACUUGCAAAGCAUAAUAAAAAAUAUUUACAGAAGCCUGUGGUUAAAGUCUCUCCUGAAAAUGCCUGAUAGCCCUUAACAAAGUGUUGGUUUCUUAUAAUGGUACAUUAGUCCUAGUGUCAAGCAGCUUAGAGAAAGAAAUUAAGAAUAGUGAAGUCAUCAAAAAUGUUUCUGUGGUGUGUCUGGACAAGAUGCAGGGCAGUGUUGCUGACUGAC